AUGGAGCAGAUUGCGGAAAAGCACAAGGGCCUCAUCGGAGGCAUGUCAAAGAUCUAUGACAUUCUGAUCGCGAUGCGCUAUCUCUCAGCUAGCGACGUGAUCCGGCCUCCCAUCGAUAACCAAUCUCUGCCCUUCUCUCAGCUGCGAUCAUUAGGCUACGAGUCCGAGGUCCUGGGUCUGGUGCAGCAAUUACCUGCGCUUCGCAGUGAAGUCGUCUGGGGCUUUCAAGAGUGGGGCGUGGAGCUUCUUCCGCGCUCGAAAGUCGUGACUUACUUUUCGCAUCCUGACGACCCAGACUUCCUGAACGACCUGCUAUGGGGCGAUUUCUACAAGACCGAUGAUCCAAACGAAAUGAAGUGGUUGCAUCCGUGGAUGUUGAAGCUGACGGAGUGUGGACAGAAUGGCUAUGGCACGAGUCUGAUUUACAAUAUCCGAGACCAGUCAAUCAUAGAAUGGACCCAGAUUGGCAGAAAAUAUUGGGACGAUAUGCCCAGUCGUCCUGCAGAGGAGGUCCUAUCAGAGAUAGCAGAAAAGUUGGAGAGUCUGGAAUGGGUGCCAUACUAUGACUCGGACGACAAAGCAGAAGCGCCUCUCUUCCAGCGAAAACUUGUCGAAGACCCUAUAGUCUUCCAGAACAUCUGGUCUGGAGGCAUCCGCGUCCCGGGGGAGAUUGCCGCUGCGAUCGAGUACUUGCAGAGUGAACACGGAGAUGCCGAUUGGCUUCGACAGAGCAUCAAUCGUUGGAGAGCAUUGCAGAUGCACUAUGUCGAUAGCAGAUGGGCCACAGGUGCCUGGGACGCAGACGCUUUUUGGGAAAAAAGGGUUGCGUGGAUUCGGGAACUGCACGCUUUAGAGCGUCAGCGGCCACAUGGUGCGUGGUCGGAUAAUCAAAAGUACCUCGAGCAUCCCAUGCUGCCAGACUGGGAGAACAGACACUUCGAUUUCUUCAAGCAAAGUGCGGGAGACAGAGCCGUCUAG